GUUUCAGCCUUUCAGGUGUCCACGUUUUCCCCCUGUCCCUCUCUGAAGCCCUAAUUGCUGAAGAUCAACCCCAGCCCCCAACGCUAUCUCCUCUCUCGACUCCCUUUCUCAGUUUCUCGUCACUCUCUCCCACGAGCUCAAGCUCUCGUCAGCUCGUCUCAUCUCCGGUCUCUCACCUCUCGUCUCCGGUCUGUCAAGCUCUCGUCAGCUCAAGCCCUCCCUUCCCUGCGCUCGCUUCGCCGGCGGCAGAAGCAGACGGAACCGCAUCUGGUCCCUCGGGUGGUGGUGGUCGUCGUCUUCUUGCUUCUUACGGGCUCUGUCUCGCACCUGGUCUCGAUCUCUCCCUUCCCUGCGCUAUUCGUCGCCGGUAGCAGAGGCAACAGAUCCCGGUGGGCUGGUCUUCGUUGUGGGUCUUCUUGCUUCGAGCCUUGCCGUCAGCUUCUCCCUCGUCAUCAGGUUCUCCUUCGCCGUCAGCUCCCUUCGCCCAACCGGAUUUGCCUGAAGGCAUACCUGAAUCUCUCUGACCUUCUUGUCGCCGUCAAGACUCAAGAUCUCACGCCAUCUCGCCGAGCUCUGUUGAUAUCUCUAUUACAGCGUUGCUUGCCGUCAUCUGCCACUUCCUCCAUCCAGAGAGUUGAGAAUGAGUUCGUUGAGCAGUGCGGUGCGAGAUCUUCAACGCGAAUUAGAGAACAAAACCAAUGAUCUCUCCAAGCUUCAAAAGGAUAUUGCAAAGAAUCACCAAGUUAGAAAGAAGUACACUGUCCAACUUGGAGAGAACGAAUUGGUCCUUAAGGAAUUGGAUUUAUUGAACGAAGAUGCAAAUGUUUACAAGUUGAUUGGUCCAGUGCUGGUUAAGCAAGAUUUGGCUGAGGCCAACUCUAAUGUCCGCAAGAGAAUCGAAUACAUCACUGCUGAAUUGAAGCGUCUCGAUGCAACUGUUCAAGAUUUGGAAGAGAAGCAGAAUAGCAAGAAAGAUGCGAUACUAAAAUUGCAACAGAGAAUUCAGUCCCUUCAGACUUCGAAAGCCAAGGCAUAAUCCUCGCCGACAGAUUGUUUUAGCGUUGUAAUAAUUUUACUCUGCUAGGGUUGUAUGUGCUUUUGUGACUCUUGUUUUGGACUGAAGUUGCAUUUUAGGGGUGUUUUAUAAAUCCUUUUGAAGUGCUAUUGUUAAUACGAUAUUCAUAUCUUUGUUACUACGAGAAAAAAGUUCCAACCAAUCUAUACAAUUGUGAUCAUCACAAUAGAAGAAACAUCAAUGCUGACUUAGUAAGGUUGUUGAUCGUCGAUGAUUGGAUUGAACUGGCUGGUUUGACAAAAAAUCGACAGUCUGUUCUGUUUGAUUUUCUGUCAGGACCAGAUUUUUCUAAUCUGGUUCAUGGUUUCUCUUGGGGGAGUGAUCGAACUUCAAGAAAUAAUAAUGGUCUUAUCAA